CUUCGUGUUAAGAGGUUGUUUUAUCCUGUUUCUCGAUCAUGGAUUUAUUAAAGACAAAGUUCAUUUGACUAUCCGACUCCGUUGUACACCUUCGAGCACCUUUGCCAGGCAAUCUCUGACUGAAGAAAAUAAAAACCCGCAGAGAUCUUCCCUUUGAGUAUGCGGGCUCGCUGUGGCGAUGGCUUUGGACAAUGCCACACUCAACUCGCUGUUCUGAAUUUGGGUUAAUUACUAUCGCCCCAUGGACCUCUCAGACACCAAUGGACUUUGCUGGAGGGAAUGGAUCCUCCAGUGUCUGGAGACCGUCCAGCCCCGAUCCAGAACCACCUGGGGCCACUGAUGAUUCAGGCCCGCCAGUUGGCGCUCCUAAACAUGGCCGUGCCUCCGAAGUUCUCGGCUCCUGUCCUCACCCCAGAAUCAUCUCCAGAUAUUUCACCUUCAUCUCCGCUGGUCCCAUCCAGCCCUCCUUCAUCUCCUAAUUCCCCAAAGUUAACCAGCCUUGCACCACCAAAGCAUCCUCCAGUGUCCACUCAUUCUAAGUGCCCUCCAGAGCCAGCUCCUCGUAAGUGCCCUCCAGAGACUGCUCCUCCAAGCAUUCCCCCAGGAUUCCUAGUUUUCCCCAAGAAAGUUUUUUGGGGGAGUGGGGCCAUGUACCAGAGGAUCCGCCAUGGCAACCAGAACUGCCUGCUCUGCCAUGGCUCCUGGAGCUCCCUGAUCCCGACCAACCCACCUCCCCCAAACCCCGCCUCAGUGUAACAGUUAUGUCAUGUUUGUUCUGCAUUUCCUUUGUUGCGUGAUUAGCUAAUUAGUUUCCACCUGUGUUCAUUUAUCUUAUUAGUCCAUCGUUUGUUUUUUUUAUAAAUAGCCCUGCUUUUCCUCAGUUUGUUUGUCCUGUCUCCCUCGUUAAGAGGUUUUCUCCUGGUUCUCUCUCCUGGAUUUAUUAAAACACCCACUCUGUUCAUCUGAAUACCCACCUCUGUCAUACUCCUUCGACCUCCUUCGCCAAGAGACCCCUGACACAUUGUUGUGCUUUUAAUUAUUGUUGUUACUUAAUAAUUUUAUGCAACUCUUGAAAAUGUA